AUGUCGAAGCAAAAGAAUGUGGAGAUAAACUACGAUGAGGUUGAUGAGACGACGGGGUUUAAAGCUGCAGAGAUGUUUGUAUGGUUGAAAUUUGAGGAAUCAUACCUGCAAAAGCCUGAGGAUGAGCGUGAGGCGGAUGUGGAUGCAUGGGCUGAUACCUUUUGUGAAGAAAUGGAAGGGGAAGGUAUGAAUUAUGACCGCAACUUUGUCCGUUCCGUAUGCACGCUGGGAAUAUAUGCCGGGCUUCGUGAUGAGUUCCAACAGCGCACGGGAAGUGGAAAGGCAAUUUAUGCUAAUGGUGACCGCUAUGAUGGGGAGUUUUUUGAAGGGAAGAAACAUGGAAGGGGGCGGUACAUUUUUGUGAGUUUGGGGAAAAGUGAGUGCGAUAGAAUUGUGGAGAAGGAGCUGCAGAAGCUCGGUGAUGUGGUGGCUGGUGAGAACUUUGUGAAGGCUGUAGCGGACAGAUAUAAGAUAGGCUGUCACAUCAUUUCAUAUAUUAUUGAAUACGGGUUUCAUCCAUGCUAUCAUGGAGACUACGUGCGCGGUAAGCGUGUUGGGCGAGGACUAAUGAAGAACAAAGACGGUACGGUGUAUAAGGGAGAAUUCCUCGAGAACAAGCGUGAGGGUCGCGGGAUGUUUUUUUACCUCAAUGGUGACAUUUACUCGGGCAACUGGAAGAAUGGACGCAAGCAUGGUUAUGGGACAUAUCACUUUGUAGGCGGAAACGAAUAUCGCGGCAUGUGGAAUGAUGGCGUCUUUACACACGGCCAGUGGAUAUUCCCUGAUGGGGUUUAUUAUGAGGGACACUUCAACAAAAAGAACAGGCCUUGUGAUGAAGCGGCAUCUAUGCAUUACCCAGCGCUGAAAAUGGCUCAAACGGGUACAUUUAAACGAGGCACGUGGGCUCCCACCAGCGCACUUGAAGUGUGUGAAGAAACUCCGGUCGACGGCAUGACGUGGACCGAUUAG